AUGUUCUAUAUAAGCAAGUCUUUUUUGCUCUUCAUUUCCCAUAAACUUAAAAAUACAAUCCAGGCCUAUAAGAAAGCCGUAGCAGAAGUUAAUACUGAAACUAAUGAAGGGGAUAAGACAAAAGUCAAAAAAAGAGAAGUCUUAUUGGAGAACAUUAUUACGAAGAGUUCUCCAUAG